AUGGACGACUCCCAAGCAGCCUUUGUCCAAUAUCCUUCCUACUUUGAAAUCGAUAUGAUGAAGCGCUCUAUGGAAACCGCUGGUGGCCCUGAUGCUAAAAAAGCGCGUUGGUCUCCCACUUCCGCCUUUUCUGCUCAAAACAACGGCACGGCUGUUCAAAAUAACUCGUCUCGCAGCGAUGCUUUCGCCAACUAUGGCUACGGGCCCAACGCCAACAUCGCACAACCCGCGUUCAAUAGCUCCCAGGCCAACGGGGCCUCGUUUGCUGGCAGUCCCCUAUACUCGACCCCUUCUCUUGCGGUCAACACUCAGACUAACGGGAAUGUGAUGAAUGCUCAGCUUAGCCCCAACACAGCAGCAGCAUUUGCCGUUCAACAACAGCAGCAACAGCAGCAACAACAGCAGCAGCAACAGCAACAGCAGCAAGGCAGCCCUAAUGGCACCUACAACGCCUUCAAUGCUUACAACAUGCUGGGUAUGGGUAUGCCGGGCAUGGGAAUGCUCGGUAGUUUCCCGUACAACGGGCAAAUGGGUAACUUCGCCCAGAACUUUGCCCAGCAGAGGUUGCCUUCGCUCAACCUGAACAUUCCGUCUGCUCAAGCCGGGGCCUACUCUCCCGUCGCGCUCACUGCCGCACUAAAUGCCUCGUCCAAUGCUACUGGUCGUACGGUAUACGUCGGCAACCUCCCCGCGACCGCCUCUGUUGACGAACUGUUAAACCUUGUCCAUUUCGGCCCUCUCGAAUCAAUUCGCGUCUUGCCGGAGAAGUCGUGCGUCUUCCUCUCCUUCUUGGACGGCGCCACCGCUGCGGCGUUCCAUGCUGAUGCGACCAUUAAAAAACUGUCGCUCCAUGGCCAAGAAUUGAAGAUUGGUUGGGGAAAGCCAUCCCCAGUACCAGCUCAGGUUGCCCUGGCCAUCAGCCAGAGCAACGCCAGCCGAAACGUCUACGUUGGCGGUUUGGACGAGGGCAUGACGGAGGAACAGCUCCGCGAUGAGCUGAGCCGAUUUGGUCUUAUUGACCAAGUGAAGAUUGUCAGAGAUAAGAACAUUGGAUUUGUUCACUUCUUGAGCAUUUCCAUUGCGACCAAAGUUGUAAACACCCUGCCUACAGAACCCGCUUGGGCAGGCAAACGUGUCAACUACGGCAAAGAUCGAUGUGCAUACAUCCCCAAAUCGCAGCAGGCCGCUGCCCAACAGGCACAGGCCGCCGCGGCUCAGUCGCUCGUCGCACAACAAGCGAUGUCUCCCCAGCAGGCGAACUUUGCUCCGUUCAAUAACUACACUGGCGCGCCAUUCACGCCAGUCGACAUAAUGGGCGCGGGCAACAUGGCGAAUGGCAUGGGUGUACAGGCAAUGAACAGGACGGUGUACCUUGGAAACAUUCACCCCGAGACAACCACGGAGGAUUUGUGCAAUGCUAUUCGCGGAGGUGUAUUGCAGAGCAUUAGGUAUAUGCAGGAUAAACACAUUGCUUUCGUGACCUUCGUCGACCCUGCAGCUGCAUUCACAUUCUUCCAGGUGGCGUCGUAUCAGGGCCUGACCCUGAACAACCGCCGCCUGAAGAUCGGUUGGGGCAAGAACUCAGGACCGCUCCCACCGACACUCGCCCUCGCUGUGCAUUCUGGCGCCACGAGGAAUGUGUACAUUGGCAAUGUCGAGGACUACGAGGCAUUCACUGAAGACAAGCUCAAGCGUGACUUUGGAGAGUAUGGGGAUAUUGAGCUGGUCAACUUUUUGAAGGAGAAGAAUUGCGCGUUCGUCAACUUUACGAACAUUUCGAACGCCAUCAAGGCGAUUGAUGCAAUUAAGAACAAGCCGGAGUACGCUAACCUGCGCAUCGCGCAUGGGAAGGAUAGGUGCGCGAACCCACCUCGUUCUGGACCGCAAGGAGGGUCUGGAGCGAAGCGCAUGGCGAGCGGCAACGGCGCAAACGGUGGAGAUGCUAUGGGUGUCGGCCUUGGCGUUGGCGCCCUGGGUGAUGGAAACGACGACGCGGACGCCGCGUUUUUGAACGGAGAUGACGAACAUGUGGAUAUGCAUGUGGACGGCAUCCAGACUAAUGGUGCCACGCUCUAA